UUAGUCGCGUUUUCAUAGUUUUAUCAAAUAAAAUAUUAUAAAAGUAAAGUGUUUAAACACAUAAACGAAUAUGGUUGCACGCGUUGCUGGCGUUUUCGAUGAGAAACUAACAGAAGCUAUCGCCAAUUCCAAGAUUUUGGUGGUCGGCGCCGGCGGUAUAGGUUGUGAGAUACUGAAGAAUCUCGUUUUGACCGGCUUCCCGCAGAUCGAAAUUAUCGACCUAGACACAAUCGAUGUCAGUAAUCUCAACCGUCAGUUUCUGUUCCACAAGGAACAUGUUGGCAAAUCGAAGGCACAGGUGGCAAAGGACAGCGCGCUGAGUUUCAAUCCCAAUGUCAACAUCGUUGCUCAUCAUGACAGUGUUAUAAGCAAUGAUUAUGGCGUGAGCUAUUUCAAACAGUUCAACAUUGUGAUGAAUGCCCUUGACAACCGUGUGGCUCGUAAUCAUGUGAACAGGAUGUGCUUAGCAGCUAAUGUACCUCUGGUUGAGACAGGCACUGCCGGGUAUGCGGGACAGGUGGAGUUAAUCAAGAAAGGUUUGACUCAGUGUUAUGAAUGUCAACCUAAAGCACCUCAGAAGACAUUCCCAGGGUGCACCAUCAGAAAUACCCCUUCAGAGCCGAUACACUGCAUUGUUUGGGCAAAACACUUGUUUAACCAAUUGUUUGGAGAGGAAGAUCCCGAUCAGGAUGUCAGUCCUGAUACCGCAGACCCCGAAGCUGCAGGAGAAGCAGGUUCCUCAGCUCUAAACUCAGAAGGAACAUCUGCUGGUAAUGUUGAACGAAAGAGCACUAGAGCCUGGGCAUCGGAAACUAACUAUGAACCGGAAAAACUGUUUACAAAGUUGUUUGGCGAUGAUAUUCGCUAUCUGCUGUCCAUGGAGAACUUGUGGAAGAAACGUAGGCCACCUACGCCGUUGACAUGGAACAACUUGCCAGGGAAAGAUGAGGCUCCUUCACAACACAGUGGCUUACCUGACCAGAGAGUGUGGUCGGUGCAUGAAUGCUCACAGGUGUUUGCUGACAGCUGCAAGGCUCUCCAAGCUGACCUCAAAGGUCGUCCAGAGGGUGACCAUCUGGUCUGGGAUAAGGACGAAAAGAGUGCCAUGGACUUUGUCACUGCCUGCGCAAACAUCAGAGCACACAUCUUCAACAUACCACUAAAGUCACGUUUUGAGAUUAAAUCCAUGGCCGGUAAUAUAAUCCCAGCUAUAGCAACUGCUAACGCGAUUGUCGCUGGCCUCGCGGUUCUGCGUGCGCAGGCCAUACUCAAGGGAGAGAUAGAGAGCUGCACCAGCGUCUACCUCAGACCGAAAGUCAACCAUAGGGGACAACUGUUUGUGCCUGAAAAAACACUCACAGCACCAAAUCCCAAAUGCUAUGUUUGUGCUCCCAAACCAGAAGUUGGCUUGGCUUGCAAUAUAAAACAGCUAACAUUGAAAGAUUUAAACACUGCAUUUAAAGAAGGACUGAACAUGCAAGCUCCUGAUGCCACCGUGGAGGGCAAAGGACUCGUCGUGCUAUCAUCAGAACCGGGCGAAACCGACCAUAACAAUGAUAAGACUCUAGAAGAGAUCGGACUCAACGACGGCUGUGCUCUCCUAGUUGACGACUUCUUACAGAACUAUGAAGUACGCGUCAGAUUACAACAAGAAGAUGAAGAGAAGUCUUGGCGACUAGUAACAGAUUCCGACGAGCCGAUGCCAGCUCCCAAAGAGGAAAAAGCUACGAACGGAGCUAACGGCUCCGAACCCAAGCCUGGUCCGUCCAAGCCCAAGGAUGAUAGCGAUAGUGAUAUGGAGAUUGUUGAAGAAGAUGACGGACAACCGAUAGAGAAGCCCGCGAAGCGCAGGCGCGUUGAGAUGAGUGAUGAGAUUGUAGAACUCUGCUAAUGUACUGCCAAUGAAUAGGCAAAGAUUAUUAGUAUUUAUAAAAAAAAUCCUCCAAAUUUGAUUUUCCCAGAAAUGUGAUAAGUCUGGAUGAACUUGCUAAAGCAUUCUAAAGUAGUUAACAUUUCGAAUUAUCCAUAUACAUUUUAGUAGAAAUAUUUUCAAUUUUUUU